AUGGACAGAGGCUCAUUUGUGAAGAGCUGCAUAUUCCAUGUGUCAGGAACAGGCGCCUGUGAGAAGGCUGGCAUGGACUUCCCGGCUUCCUCAGAACUGCUCCCACACCAGCCCGUCCCCAGCACUGAGAAGCCACACAGCGGCAUCGAGUGUGGUGAAAACUUUAAUGGUGCAAGCAAUCAGUACGAGUGGAGUGAAUGUGGGACCACUUUCAGCUCUGAGCACACACUUCUCCAGCCCCAGAGCUUCUGUGCUGGGCAGGCGCUUUAUCGAUGUGGCAAGUGUGGGCACACUGCUGUCAGCUGCAAGUGUGGACGUGGUAAGAGGCAGCGAACUGGCUCUCAAGAAAGGCCUUACGAAUGCGGUAUAUGUGGACAGUUCUUCGGCCAAAUCUCCAUCCUUGUCAAACACCAGAUAACUCACAGUGCAGAAAGGCCUUAUGAGUGCAGCGAAUGUGGGAAGACCUUUAAGCGUACUGCUGAACUCAUCAGACACUGGAGAAUUCACACAGGAGAAAAGCCUUAUGAGUGCAGUGAAUGUGGGAAAUCUUACACACGGAGCUCCAACCUGGUUGAGCACCAGAGGAGUCACACCGGAGAAAUUGGUUAUGCGCGUUACACAUGUGCCAUCUGUGGAAAAUCUUUUAAGCAAAGCUCUAAGCUCACUCUACACAAGAGGGUUCACACAGGAGAAAGGCCAUAUGAGUGUGAUCAGUGUGGCAAGUGCUUUAGCCAAAUCUCCAAUCUUAUGCAACACCAGAGUGUUCACACAGGAGAAAGGCCUUAUGAUUGUGCUGAGUGUGGGAGAUCCUUCAGUCGGAGGUCCAACUUCAUCGAACACCAGAAGGUUCACACAGGAGAAAGGCCUUAUGAGUGUGGCGAAUGUGGGAAAUUCUUUAGCCGAAGCUCCAUCCUCAGUGAACACCAGAGGGUUCACACAGAAGAGAGGCCUUAUGAGUGUGGUGAGUGUGGGAAAGCCUAUAGACGUGUCUCCAGCCUCAUUGAACACCAGAGAGUUCACACAGGAGAGAGGCCUUACGAGUGCAGCGAUUGUGGGAAAUCCUUCAUCCGAAACUCCACCCUCACUCGGCACCGGAGAGUUCACACUGGAGAAAAGAGGCCUUAUUAGUGUAGCAAAUGUGGGAAAGCCUUCAGCCCCAGGAAGUAUACCCAGGAGAAAGACCCCAGACCUGCGGGGGAUGUGCUGUUUUGUUCAUCAGCAGUAUGA